CUUUCAGAAUGACUGCAGGAAUCUGUGCACAAUUUCAACAAGAGGGUAAAACAUAUAGAACUUACGAGGAAGAUCCCAAAGAUAGAAUCCAAGAACGAGUGAGAAGGCACUAUUACAACCAGCAUAGGCUACAAACAGUAGAGUUUGUAAACGAGAUGCACAAAAAGUGGCUGUCUUUCAAUCACGGCAGGUUAUCUAUUCUAGACACCCUGGAGAUGCUUGCUGAUUUUCUUGAUGAGAGUGACCCGGACGUUGACGAAGCAAACCUUAUCCAUGCUUAUCAAACCGCAGAACACCUUCGCAAAUCUCAUCCCGACAAACCAUGGUUACAUCUCGUUGGUCUAGUUCACGAUUUGGGAAAAGUCAUGAGCGUGUGGGGAGAAGAGCAGUGGGCAGUGACGGGUGACACCUACCCGGUCGGUUGCGCGCCAUCGGAUGCAAUUGUCUACGGGGUCAGAAGCUUUGAGGGAAACCCAGACUUGCACAAUCCUAAAUAUAGGACAAAUUUGGGUAUAUACGAAGCUGGGUGCGGUCUGGAAAAUCUGAAAAUGUGCUGGAGUCAUGAUGAAUAUAUGUAUCAGGUUCUAGUCAAUCACGGAUCUUCGCUUCCUGAAGAGGCACUUUACGCAAUACGCUUUCACUCUUUCUAUCCAUAUCACUCGCAUAAUGCUUACCGAUAUUUCACGAACAAACAAGAUGAAGAGAAAUUGGAUGUUUUACUACUGCUCAACAGCUGCGAUUUAUAUUCAAAAUGCGACGAGAAACCAGACAUAGAGAAAUUGAAACCUUAUUAUCAAUCGCUAAUCGAUAAAUAUAUCCCUGGAGCGGUAUCAUGGUAAAAUGCAGCUUACAAUAAAUCUGUAUAUGUGUCACCGAUGAUCUAAUAAAUGACGACCCUGAC